AUGAGUAACUCUACUUUCCCCACUUUUAAUGCCCUAUCCUCGUCUCAAACGGAGAUGGACGGUGAACGAGAUUUGCAGAGAAAUCUAUUUAAUGGCUCAAAAAUGCGGAGAACUGGAUCUCUACAAUACGUUUUUCCGUCAUUUCAGAAUCAACAACGCAAUCCACCCCGUAGGUCACGAUCAACGCCCAAUUUCAGUGUUAAGUAUGCUCGGGUCUAUGAUGAUAACGAUAAAUACGGACUUUUUACUUUAUCUAUAUACGAAGGAUUCUCUUCCAAGCAGAAAGAAGAAAAAGAAGACAAAGAAGCGCAGAACGAAAAAGUUUAUGAAGCCAAAGAUAUUUUUACGCAAACACUUGGAACAGAUUGCAAAUUGGAUAAACAUCUUACAACCCAUAGACCAAAAGGACAUGUGCCCGAAAACUAUAAACGUCUCUUGGAAAGUCAAUCUCAAAAAAAUAAUCGCAUUAUCAUUCGGAGCAUCAAUAGCGGGAAAACGCCAACCCAGAAAACAUAUGAUCACGUUUCGACAGAGGAUCGAUCUGGCCAAUUUCCCUCUACAUAUCCUUCCUCGAAAUCAGAAUCGGGAAGAGAUGUCAAGGAAAGAGCGUUGGGAUCAUGGCAAUUGUUCAGAAAUGAACACGUGGACUCAUCUAA